AUGCAUUCAAGUUUGAAUCGAAAGGACAUUGAGGAUUUCUGGAGGCGUUCCAAUUCGAUUUGUGAUCAGGAUCCUCCAUCUGACCCAGAAAAUCUUCAUGUCCAGGUUAGACGAAUGAGCCUGGCAGACUUCACUGGUUUGGCACCACAACAGAAAAUAACAGACAUCGAACCACCUACUUGGAAAUCAUCCAGCUCCCAAUCGUCUCUAAUAAAUUCAUUUUCAACUCGUCGUCGUUCGGUUUUAUCAAAUGAUAUUUUGGAUUCUCCAUCUCGUCGAUUAUCGCCAAGAAUUGAUGAAGAAAUGGAUGUUCAAACUGCCGUUCAGAGACUCCGCCAAAUCGAGACCAAAAAUACCGAGAUGAAACCAGUUACUUCAUCUGACCCAUCGUCUUCAACAUCUUCAUCAGUAUCUCCAGAAGACGUGGCAGCUGAGAAGAAGAGAGCCAACGAUUUCAUCCAUCGCAUCCAACAUGCUGCUCGUCAGUUGAACCAACCCCAAGAGUAUUCAAUCCGUGACGCCUUCUGGGAUAGAUCUGAAGCUCAGCCAAGAUUCAUUGUCAAGCCAUAUGGAACCGAAGUCGCCGAAGGACAAUCUGCCAACUUCUACUGCAGAGUUAUCGCCUCAUCUCCACCAGUUGUGACGUGGCAUAAGGAUGACAGAGAGUUGAAACAGAGUGUGAAACUGCCAACGUACUCGGAAUCAUGUCCAACUGUUCGGUCUCUUCUCUCUGAAAUCGUGGCAGCUUCUCAUUCUCUUUCCGCUGCCAUUCAUCAAUUGAAAUCCAGCAACCUGGUUUAUAAUGCUGAAUUACUCAGCAAGGAACUCCCACAGGUGUUCAUCUCACUAAUCUCAUUCGUUUCAAAACUCGACACACAAGCAAUGACAGCGAAUAUGUCAACACCAUCACGCAAGACAAGUCUAAUCUCGAGUUCAUUCUCUCAAUUGAUCGCCAAUCUCAAUGUACUUAACCGUGCCAUUUCUUCAUCUGUCUGA